AUGACCAAAUCGUCACCGCCGGAGCGCUCGGCUUCCACGACCGCCGCCGCGUUUGGCUUUUUCGCAAGUCAGCCACCCAUGAGAGAGGCGCCAUUAUCAACACAGCAGACAUCAGCUAGUGCAAGCCAUGAGGAGCGCCUAGCGCCCCCCAAUCUCCCUCCUUCUCAUCCGCCGCAGCUCUCACCUCAGCCGUUGAGACCGCAUUCGUUUCAGAGGAUGCCGUUAGGAAUGAGCGUUGCUUCCACCUCAACAAGAACCGACAGAGCUACGCCAUCCGUGUCACCUCAUAGUCGAACAAACACUGCUCCGCAAGGUCCAAACCGUUCUCCUGUGGCAAGCAGCAGUAGCAGCGUAGCGUCGCCUACAGCCUGGUCUGGCUCCUAUGCACAGCAAGCUGCGAUGCGCUUACACGCAUUUUCAACAGGAACCCCCCAUCCUGCUCCCUACCCGCUCACCAAUCCCGAUCACCCUGCCUUCGACGAGGCCCUCAAUACAUCUGUGGCGGAGCCUGUAGGUCAAGCGAGCGCCUCCUCUGAUUCUCCUGGAACUGUACGGACCCACACUAGUUUAGACCAACCAGAGAAGGGUACUGCAGCAAAGAUAAGCAAAGGUCCCGCCAAAAAGGCAGACAGCAGCAGCAGCAAAUUGGUCAAGGGCAAGAGCAAAGCCAAGAUCGAGAAUGCUGGGCAGGUCGGGCCCAGCAAAGGAGAUGGAAGUGCAAGUGAAGUAUCCGGAGAUGAGCUCGUAGAAGAUCGGAAGCCCGGGUGGAAACGACGGCGGGUGGUGGUGGCUUGCGAUAGGUGCAGGCACAAGAAGAUCAGAUGCAAAGGGCUGCCGAACUCUCGCAACAUCUGUAACAACUGUGAAGGCAUGGGCUACGAAUGUACCUUCGACGUCUCACCGACCAGGUCGAGGGGUAAGUACGAGAUCUUGGAAUCCAAGGUGUCGACUUUGCUCUCGGCGCUUCGAUCCGUAGCACCUGAUCUGGCAGAGCAGUACGAUCGUGGUCAGCUGGGAGCGGGUCCCCCCGCCAUGACGAUAAGAGCGAAUCAGUCGCGUCGCGUCUCCGUCGACAGCACUGGUGUGAAUGCUUCCUCGUCCAGCCUGCGAGAGGAUGGGACCACCAGAAGCGUCAUGCUCCAUGAUCACGAGGAAGGGCGACCAAGAGUAAGUGCGGGUGUAUCGAGGCAUUGGAUGUCAAUUUGCAGCCUGGAGCUCCUCAAUUUUCCCGAAUUUUACGUCGUGCUGAUCACGCCUACCAUGAUCUGCAGUUCUUCGGUGCUAACACUAAUCGCGCGAUGCUAGCGGGCCUAGACAGCCGACCACCGAGUCCGCUUCGCCAAGCAAGAACAGGCAGUGAUGCAGCUACCGGUACCGAAAAUGCCGCAAAGGCCAGGGACAGCAAGUCUGCGCAGCCCACAGAGUUUGAAAAGCUGCACGCUAGCACUGCCUGGACAUCCACGCAGCGUGCGGAGGAGGUUUCUCGCGGCCAUGUGCACUAUCCUACCAACAGCCUGGAGUGGGUCAUGAAUCUUAGACGUCGCAACCUCUGCGGUGUUGGAAGAGAUGAUUUAGAUUUCGCAACGCCAAGCUGGAAGGAUCGGUAUCGCCUGCCGGGACAAGAACUGUUGCGAAGUCUGUUCGAUGUCUAUUUCGGCCUCUUACACCCAAUGAUACCCAUCCUUCAUAGGCCUUCCAUGGAACAAGACAUUGCCGCAGGAAGAGCCGAGGUGGACGUCGCCUUUCGGGGUCUCGUCUUCACGGUCCUUGCCAUUGCUGCUCGAUACUCCAAUGACCCGAGAUGCUGGUCGGAUCGAUCGCGGCCUCAGACAGCGGGGGAUGAUUUUGCUGCGGCUAGCCGGCUGUACCAUCAGGUGCACUCAGCUAGUCUCAUCAAUAUACAGGUGCUGAGCUUAUCUUGCUUCUUUGCGAGCGCCAACAUGGGUCCUGGAGUGAGCUGGACGCUACUUGGAGUCGCAAUCCGAGGGAUAUUCGAUAUCGGAGCUCAUCAAGAACGCACGUUGAUAGGACUCAGUCUGCUGGAGCAGGAGCUGUUGCGCCGCACGUUUUGGAACCUGGUCACCUUGGAUUGCAUCUUUGCAGUAAAUAUGGGGCGGCCGCUUGGCAUCCGACUGAGCGACUGCAACGUAAACUUGCCCAGAUGCCUGUCGGAUGAGGAUCUCACUGCGUCCAUUUCGACACCUGGCUUGGGGUCGCAAGGUGAUCUUUCGGCGCUGCAAAUGUGGUUGCACUACAUCAAGCUCAGCUACCCUGCCAUCGACGCAGUCAAAGUUUUGCAAAGCAGCGUGCGCAAGCUGCAGUAUACCGACAUGGUGUCGCUACUCGCGCGUGUGGACGAUUGGGCCAAGAGCGCACCGAAGACGACCUACCCGCCAGGACAAGCGGUGCUGGAUUGUGCCUCGACCGAAGUUCGCAUGUACGUAUGCUCUUGACGUAUGGGCUGCCAUCCUUCUGAUCAGCAGCUGACCUAUCGUCCUCAUUCGUCUUCUUCCCACGUGAAUGACAGGUACAUCAUGAGGCCAUUCUUGAGGCGGAAAGAUGAUACGGGCUACCUGCGAAAGAUGCUCAUGCCCCAAUGCACUGAUGCAGCCCGCAAGAGCGCUCACUCAGCCGUGCUGAUUUGGAAGGGGCUGCAGGACGCAGGAGCGCGAGAGUGCAAUUUUCCAUGUGAGACAAGCUUCUUUGCAAGGCGUAGCCUUCACGUAGUGGUCUGCUGACUUGGCGCUGCCUCUGUCGUUUCUGCACCAGGCCACACCGUCUGGAUCAGCUCUACCACCUUCAUGAUAACCGUGUGGCACCAACAGCCUGGAGAGGAACUGCUUCGCGACGCGGAACUCAUCGAGCACUGCUUAUGGAUCUUCGACUCGCUCGAUUGGCGAUGCACCUCCGGGCUUCUUCGACGCGCAUAUCGGAUCUUGUGCGGCAUUGCGGAGCGUCUGCUGCCUCAUCUUGCCAACGAACGCCAGGACAGCGUCAAAAAGUACAUGAUCAAGCGCCAAAGUGCCGAAUUCGAUUCUGGAUCUUCGGGACACGCGGACAAAACGGGCCACCCGGCUCUGAUACAGCGUCGAGGUAGUCCUGGUACGAUAUCUAUGGCAGCGUGGAAUCAGUGGAAAGCGACCGCGUCAAGCUCGUCCAGCUCUCGUGCAACAGUUGCGCGAUCCACCAGCUCAAAUCCGGCUUUAAACCGUCCACCUCACGCACCAGAGGUCUUUGGUCAAGCGACGAAUCAUGGCUUGCCACCAGAAAGCGCGCAAACGGGCACCGGCGCGCCAGAUUGGCCACCUUGGGCAGAGGGCGAGUUCACCGCCAAUUGGCAAGGUGGACAAUUCCCGAAUUCUUGGAGUCCGAUCGAGAGCGGAGCAUUUGGUGGUCGAGGAGAGACAGACGACAUAGCGUGGGCGGAUUAUUUCCUGCGCUUUCUCAACGAGGGUCAGCCGGACGGGCUGCCAGCUUCACAUCCGCCCUCCUUCAGCAACAACCCCUCCUUCUAUGGAUCCAACUACGGCCCCUUGACCGGCACUUGA